CUUGAAUCUCAGAAGGAUCACAAGAAGCGCCUUUUAGCUUUUCUCAUUAGAGACUGUUCCACAGAAUGCUUUUCCUUGGCAUCAUUACCAUCAAAGUCAGGAACUGGGUCCCCGUUCAACAAUUCCCUCAUGGCUUCAGCAGCUAAUUGGGUGCCCAAUCCAGCAUCGGAAAAAUCUGGAGCAACAGUGAUGUCUUCACGAGGUCCGGUUAAUUUUUUCCUAUUAGCCUGGUCAUGCAACUCAUUCAGAAGAUCUUUUCUGGUCUUCUUCAGAAUUCUCCUAGUUUUGCUUUCAGCUAUCUUGAACUUCUGAAGUACUAUUUUGGAAUCAGACUGUACAGUCGCCCUAUUCUCAACUUCAAAAUUCCCUUUUAUUUCCCUUCUGUGGGUUUGAUCUGCCCUUGGGGGAAGUUGACAACGACCUGACUCCAACGAAAUCGUCCUUUCUUCUAAUGAAAAUAUCUCCACCUCCCUCAUCUUCCAGUCUGUCAUCCCAGUCAAAGAUCCCAGCUCUUUCUUGAAUGCUUCUUUUGAGGGUUUUCU